ACUCCUUACAAAACCGUCUUAAAAAACCACCUCUCCCACCCCCCACUUCCCCUUCCUAUAUUAUCAAAUUGAAAAUCUGCAAAUGUAAUGUAGUUUCUUUCCCGUUCGAACCCAUCAGUUGCUGAGGAGAAAUGAGGGCGUGCGCCAUGUUCUGUUCUAACUUGCAAGUACCUAAGUUUGGAGUUCAAUCACCAUCUCUUCGAUUGGCAUCUUUACGAAGAACACUAACAACAACAACCGCUUUAAGCAAAUCACCUUCGAAAUCCUUCAGAAGCAUACAAUACUCCGAUGCUCAAGCAACGAUUUUGAAUUUCGGUAUUUUGAAGGAUCUUGUGAAAAUAUUUGUUCUAGACCUUGAAACCACCGGACUUUGCAGAAGGAUAGGACAUGUAACUGAAAUCGCAGUCCGCGAUCUUCAAGGCGGCAAGAACAGUUGCUUUCAAACCCUGGUGAACCCUCAACAAAAUGUUCCAAAUUCUAGCAUCCACGGUAUACCAACCAACAUGGUGACACAUUCAGAUGUCCCGAGGAUGGUGGAGUUGAUUCCGAUUCUUCUCGAAUACAUCAGAAGCAGGCAAGGACCUGGAGUGCAAGUUUUAUUUGCAGCUCACAAUGCACGGCGUUUCGACGUGCCCUUCUUAAUCAAGGAAUUCAGCUCCUGCUCGUUUGAAAUUCCUCCUGACUGGCUGUUUCUGGACACCCUCGCACUGUCGCAUGAGUUGAGGAAAUUAUACGGGCCAAAGGUUCCUCCAAAGAUCUCUCUUGAGGGACUUAGUGAGUUCUACAAGAUCACUAGAGAAGGUCCAAAACACAGGGCCAUGGCAGAUGUGAACUUGCUGACAUCUAUACUUCCAAACAUGACUUCUGACCUCAACCUCGGCGUUGCGGACCUUUUGCAGAGGAGUUUCAAGGCUUCUGUCUGCAGUAUUACCAUGAAGAAGAAGAAAAAAUGAAGAACUCAAUCUGCAAGCAUAUGUUAAUAUACCAUAGUUUUUUUUUUCCUGUUUUGUUUUGUUUUCCUUGUACAAUUGUCAUCGACCUUUUCCCCUGAAAUAUUAUAGAUGCACAUGUGGUAUGAAAUGAAUCACUAGUGCAGUUGAUGUUUA